AUGCCCAAGCCAGCGGAGGUGCGCCACGAGGCGCGCGCACGCGCUACGAAUAUCUUGAGCGAUGCAGCCUUGUUGAAUCGCAUUCUCGAGCGCUUUGAAUCUACCAUUCAAAAGCGCUGGCUGAAGCGAACCCGAGAGCAGCGCAAGAAGGUGAUACUCGCCGCAUGGCCUGACAUGCCCCUCUCCCAUCGUCCCGACUGGGAAGCCUUCGACAAGGGCUCUCCGGGGGACCCGCAAUAUCGGGGGGCGUUUAUGUGGCCAUAUAUCAACCAGGAAGACCUCCUAAAACCUAAGAUCCUACUGAUCUUUCUCAAUGCCCGUGGACGCCAUCCGCCGCAUGCCUUCAUCGCUGCCGACUGCAACGCGACCCAUUUCGGACAUACCACGGGCAACAUCCGUCCGGCGUUCUUGAAUGAGCAUGUCAUGAUGUUCACAGGGCGAACCACACCGGAUACAUACGGAGAGCUUCUACACUGGGAUGACGACGAGCGUGCCUUCGAUUGGAUGCAUACACAACGCGGAAUGAAUCCUGGGGAGGGGCUCAUUGCGCUCGAAAUUCAAGAGCGUCUGUACCGCUUUCUGGUCGACUGUUGCAUGUCAUUGCUCUGUGACUACACCCGGCACAAUAUCCUGCACGAUGAUAUCCCCAUCGCAGCUGAACCGCCUGCGCUGUUGACAUCAGAGCCCGGGAUGAACACAUUAGCGCUAAUGACAGCGGAGGCCCCCUACCGAUUACCGGCUAGCCUCGACUUCAGUCGCCUGCGAAGCAUUGUCGCCGCCAAACGGUCCGCGGCGGAGGAUCAUAUCUGGGCGUUGCGCGAAGACCCGGGGUACUUUGCCGAUGUAUUGCUCGAUCGGAGGGAACACCGACCGGAAAUUGUUCCGGAUCGGCAGGGUCGACUUCAUUAUACAGUCAAGCAGCCUGGCUCGAAGACACUGUGGAACCGAGUCGUUAACACAGUUCUCUCCGAUGCGUAUCUCGCGUUUGGUCUCUGGGACGAAUUGCAACUGCAGCUGAGCGAUCUACAAUCCCUAAUGGUGGGGUACGGGCCAACUCUGCGACCGGAGAAGGAUCUCCCUGAGGACUUGGAAUGGGCCUUCUGCCGGUUAUUUUGGUUCCUCGAACACAUGGUCCGGGGUCCUAUCAUCAACCUCCAAGUGGGCGUGCCUCCAUCCCCUCCGCUGCGCUCUUUCUUCGUUCGUGCGGAACCACAAUACGGCAAGGACAACCUGCAGACGAUGUCGAAGGAGAGCUUCGUGGCGGACAAGAAGCGGAAUCAUCUAUCCUUCUUGCUAAUCACCUUAUGGGAUGAGCGCAACCGACACCUGGCCGGUUUGCAUAAUCUCAUGGACGAGCUCGACCGAUUGAUCGAAACCGAGAAGUCGAUCAAGAGUCUCAUUUCGCCCUGGGUGAUGAGCACGAUAUCGGACCUGACCCUUAUGUCGGAGUGCCAGCACCAGAUUUCGUUGUUCCAGCCCUGGGCCGCGAGCUUCGAGAACAAAAUCGCCGAGAAGGAGCAGGAGAUUAAGGAUGAUUAUAUGCGGAAGAUGGAUCGGUGGAGCGAGUUUGAUAAGGAGAUGGAGGAAGUCCCCCUGGGCGAUGUGGCUGAUCCGUCGGAUGGCCGGUAUUAUUACCCCGUCGACAAACGCCGGACGCGCGAGACGACCGCGGCCAUGCAGAAGGCCGAAGCGAACCUGGAUGCGUUCUGGAAGAAGGCCGAUUCACUGCUAAUCAACAAAGACGGGGUCUCACAGCAGGCCGCGAUUCGCCAUCUCCUGGCAAAGGAUCGUGUCAUCCGCCGGACGCCAGACUGGAUCGAACCCGUCAAAAAUGCGGAACCCACCCCCACCGCUGACGAGCUGUGCCUCCCGCUGUCACAGUUGUAUUUCGACCUGGAGCAACGGACGCAGCGUACCGUCCGCCCGGAUUCGGCUUUAGCGACGGGGAAGGUGAAAGUAAAGAGACGCGGGAUGACGCAGAGUGUGCGGGAAACCUCCAACAACCGCGCGGAGGAGGUGAGUCACCAUGGGCCGGAUCGUCAACCCACCUUUUCUGUGGACCAACGCACCCUGAAGGUCUUCUCGACUCUCUUCUUUACCUCGUCGCGCACCUCGCAGCCGGGCGAGGUGGCGUGGACCGACUUCCUCCACGCUAUGCGUUCAACCGGGUUUGCGCUCGAGAAGCUGUACGGGUCGGUGUGGCAAUUCACGCCACAGAACCUGGACGUAGAGCGCAGCAUUCAAUUCCACGAGCCCCAUCCCAGUGGCAAGAUCCCCUUCCUCGUGGCUCGGCGGCACGGCCGGCGUCUGUCCCGGGCAUAUGGAUGGCACGCCGGGAUGUUUCAGUUGCUCGAAUAA